GUCGCCACCGCGGAGGCCUGGUUGGGUGAGUUGCCUCGAGUAGAAACGCAUUAAGAAAAAAUAAUUGGCCCAUACUGGUCGAUAAACGUCCGAAGUCCACAAAAAUUGGUGUGCUAAUUUUGCGUUCCAUCCCAUUCGAGGUCAAUUUGUGCAUAUCCGUGUGCAAGAGUGUGAAGAAAAAUAAGUGCUUAUUAUCUGCAAAUAGAAAGAUCUUGAAAACCACAGCCUAUUUUUACAACAAUACUACUCAAUUAGCCAACCAGCAAAAGUGGAAAAUCACCAGCAGCAGCAGCAGCAGCAGCACGAGAAAGCAGCAAUUGUGUGCGCGCGUGUGUUGGUGUGUCUGUGCGUUCGUAGCUGAAAAAGAAAAGCAGACCCGCUCGCGUGUGUGUGCGUGUGUGCACUCUGCUGGUUGUGUGUGCGCGAGUGUGUUUCUGUAGGUGCACGUGUGUAUGUGUGAAGUUUAAUAGAAACGUGUAAAUUGUGCGUGUGCAGAAAGUGGUGCAGGCAGAGGCGCAGUGGGUGAAGUAACACGGAGCAGACGAAGGCAACAUAGGAGCAGACAAGAAGGAAGGAGGCGAAGGAGCAGCAGCAGCAGCAGCAAAAAUGCAUACGUUCAGUGAGACAGGUUCAGUGCCUGCAUUUCUGGCGAAACUAUGGCGCCUGGUCGAAGACAGCGAGACGAACGAUUUGAUAUCGUGGAGCACGGAUGGGCGAAGUUUCAUCAUCCAAAAUCAGGCACAGUUUGCCAAAGAGCUGUUGCCGCUCAACUACAAACACAACAACAUGGCAAGCUUCAUUAGGCAGCUGAAUAUGUAUGGUUUCCACAAAAUCACCUCGAUCGACAAUGGCGGUCUGCGGUUCGAUAAGGACGAGAUGGAGUUCACCCAUCCGUGCUUUCAGAAGGAUCACCCGUACCUGCUGGAGCACAUCAAGCGCAAGAUCGCGACGUCGAAGCAGCAGCAGCUGCAGGCCCAGCAGCAGGCCGAGGACAAGAGCGCCCUCAAGCUGGAGGCGGUCAGUCGCGUGCUGAGCGAGGUGAAGAAUAUGCGCGGCCGGCAGGAUACGCUCGAUUCGCGCUUCCAGACGAUGAAGCAGGAGAAUGAGGCCCUGUGGCGCGAAAUCGCUAUCCUGCGCCAGAAGCACCACAAGCAGCAGCAGAUUGUCAACAAGCUCAUUCAAUUCCUGGUGACGAUCGUGCAGCCAUCCCGCAGUGGACUGGGCUCCAUGAACAAUGGAAGCAACAAGCGUCGCUUCCAGCUGAUGAUCAACGAUGCGCCGCAACAGGCAAAGCUGAAGAAGUCCGAUUACGACGAUGGUGGUGCCACGAUCGAGGAGCUAAACGAAGCGCUCGAGGAGGUCGCGUACGCUAAUCAGCAGGAAUUGUUGUCAAAGCAAGACAAGGGCAAGAAACAUGUUGUUCCCAUCGUAACCGGUCAGAUUGUUCGCACGUCUCGGUCCGCCGAGGAUGCGGGAGCUAAUACGUCCACUUCCUCCUCCGCCUCGGGUUCCGCCGUUGUUGGGAAGAGCGUAAAGCCGCCUGGCGGCAACAGUGUCGGUAGUGUGAUCUUUAAGAAACUGAACGGCGUUAGCGUUGUUAGGAAGGAGAAAAGCUCGCCAGGCGACCAAACGAAGGGGACCAGGAAUUCGGAAAUACCGGAGGUUAGCUCGCCGAUGUCGAUCCCGGAGCGGUCCCCGUACCAUCGGACCGCGACCCCGUCCAUGUCCGGCGGUAGCAGCUCGCGCAGCACCAGCAGCAGUGUCAGCGGCACUGGCAGCGGCGGCGGUGGAGGAGAUGGCGGAGGCGGCUUGAACUUCAACGGGGGCAACGAAACGAUCGAGGAGAUAUUUUCCACCUCGCCGAUUCCGUUCCGCACCGGCGGCGGCGAUGGUGCCGAUGGGAUGCGCAGCUCGUUCGCGAAGGUCGUAAAGAUGGAGCGUGAUCAGGAUCAGCAGCAACAGCAGCAGCAAAAGAUCACUACCCGUUCGAGAAACGCGAGCAAUCGGGGCGGCGGCAGCAGCAGCAAAGUUGCUGGCACUCCGGCGAACCUUAUUCAGCUGAUCGAAAGCACCAUCGACAGGGAUGAGCUAGAAAACUUCGUCGAUGGUGGUGAGCCGCUGGAGGAAGGCUACGAUGACGAGGAGCACGGGUAUCUGGUCGACCAUGUGGACGAGAUGGAUCCGGCGAUUGUGCAGCUCUACAAUCAGGAUAACGAUAGUGAGAUGCUAAACACACCGAUGGUGAUAAAGGAGAUGGAAAAGCAGCAACAGAAGCAGCAGCAGCAGCAGCAGCAGCUGCAAAAGCAACGCCAGCCAGCCGGUGGAAAGGGUGGCGAAAGCUUGCUGAAAGGCAACGGUGCUGCGGCCAACCGGCGCAACGAAGGGCAGCUACCGGCCGGCCAGCGAGCGCAGGGCAGAAGCUUACUUUCUGCCGGUGCAUCAUCUACCGCCAAGGCAGGUGGCAGUGGCUUGAAAGCUUCCACCGCUACUGCGGCACCCGCUAACGCGCCACUGAUUUUGACGCGUGGUGGCAAAAAGUUGGCAAUGGCCAAGAAGCAAACAAUUACCAGCAACGAGCAGCAGCAGCAACAGCAGCAGCAACAGCAGCAACAGCAGCCAUCACAACAGGAAGAUGCGUCAUUGGCCGGUCCUUCGGGCUUCACUGGUACAUCCACUUCGCCCGUUGGAACGGGUGGUCUGUCGUUUGCCAGCGGCAACGGCUACAUCCCAGCGAGUGACGUAGUGCCGCGGGACAUAUUCGAGGACAGUAACGAUCCGGACGGAGUUGUCAAGAACGAUUCGCCGAUGCUUAGCAGCGGGUUUAAUUUUGUCGACGGAGGCUACUACAACCCGAACGUGAACAUAAGCCAGUUGAAGGCCGGUCGACAGCAGCAGCAGCAGCAGCAGCAACAGCAGGGACAGGCAGGACAAAGCAAUCAGCAGCAGCAACAGCAGCAGUCACCGCCCUCGGGCCUCCAACUGCUCAACGGUGACGGGGAAGAGUUCGACGAGAAUUCGCUCGAUUCGUCCCUGCUGCUGAACCGGCAGGUUGCUAACGAAACCGACCAGCAGCAGCAACAGCAGCAACAGCAACAGCAGCAAGAGCAGCAAGAGCAGCAGCAACAAUUAUCCAAGUUUGUCAGCAAUGAUCUAGACGUGUCCCGUCUGAACACGGUGGCCGAGUACGGGCAGCACAUCGACACGGUGCAGAACGAUCUGGAGUCGCUGAAGGAGCUGCUCAAGGGCGAAGGCUACCAGCUCGACGCGAACGCACUGCUCGGGAACGCAUGCUCUACCGCUCCUCCGUUCGGACGCGUGUACUUCCCGUCGUGCCCGUUCGAUCUGGAUACCAUCAAUAAGGUUAGGACCGAUCUUUUCAACAACAACGAAGACAUGCUGGGUUAUGAUUUUCCGAUGAACCUUCCGGACAUGAUGACCGACGAUCAGCAGCAGCUACUGCACCAGCAGCAACAGCAACACGUUCAGUCGUUGCUACAGCAACAGCAGCAGCAGCAGCAGCAGCACCAGAGCGGUGGCAGCAACAACAGCAGCGACAAAUCCGGCUCAUCCAGUAGCCCGACACCCGGAAUGUCUGUUGCGAUGCAAAGAUAUGGUUGAUAAAUUGAUAAAUGAUAAUGGAAAUUGAGAAAGCAAGCAAACAUGAAUACAUGCGAUGAAAGUGAUAGGAUUGAGUUGGGCAAAGGAGAAGUAGAAGCAUAUUUGCUGUAUCUUCGAAGCGAAGCAAAGCGAGCCUCUAAGAAACAAUGUGAAUGGGGCAGCGGCAGCAACAGCAGCAGCUCCGAGAGCAUCAAUGGCUCCAUGGCUAGCACAUGAUCGAAAUGAUGAUGCAAAUAUCGUCGCAGUGUGUGUGUGUGUGUGUGCGUCUGCCAAGUAGUAACCAAGACAAAAAAAGGCACACAAAGCAAAAACGGGUGAUAAUGGUCCCAAACAAGCAAACAAAACAAAACAAAACAAAACAAAAAAAAAAACUUGGCAAACAAGGCCACAAACAUGAUGCAGAAUGAGGCAUGAUCGUGCACACGAUCGUGUGUUCCCUGUGUUGCGGGUGCGUGUCGUUCUCAUCUUGAGCGAUCACCGUUUUGGUGGGCGACACCGUUCGCAACACACUGUCAGAGCAAGGUGGGGGGGAGCGGGUCCCCCAGUCGGUUUCGGUUCCGCCGUGUGUACUGGUUUCCGGUAGUCGUCUUCUGAUGAUCGUACUCUGUCCUGUUUUGGUUUCCAAUUCCGAUCUGCUUCGACGGGUCUGCUGUGGAGCGAGCGAGCGACAGUGUCCAAGUAUUGCAAUAACAAAACAAAACAAAAAAAAGCAAACGUUUCAAUGGACGGGCUUGACUUGCUGUCUGGCGGGGCGCAAUGCUGCAGAAUGAUCCCGAGUGUCUUCUGGCUGAAGAGAGCUGUCCGAGUGGCCGUCGUGUUGUCUGUGUCUCUGUGGGCUAUUCUAUGCGAGCGCGCGCGCGUCCGAUUACGAGUCGUCGCCUACGAGGGGGGUCGCGCGAUACGAUGUUCUGCCAAAAGGUUGUGGAAAUUUUAAGCAUGUGACCAAGUGUCUAUCCCUCUCUGUCUCUCUAUUUCGUCCACAAGUGCAACAAGGUACUGUUGUUACGUUUCCAUUCCAACUAUUUAAAGCAAAGGGGGAACAGAGGGACGGGAGAAAAUAGGGCCAGGUAUAUCUAUAUACACACACACAAACACACAUGCAUUACUUGAGUUCAAAAUUUGUACACAUCCCUUCACCUACCGUGCCUGUCCUACAGUGUUCCAAUCAUCUCCCAUCACUGUCAUACGCUUCAUAACAUCCUCAUCUCCUUUCCAACAAAAAUAAAUCCUUAUUCCUUUUUCCAAUCCCGCACACAAGAACUAGAUCCUCCCGGUCAGGGUUGUAGGCGAACAGACGAAAAAAAAGGCAAUGUUUGGUCUACAAAUAGUUGAAAGGCAUCAAUAUCAUGCGCGUGUGUGUGUGCGUGAGCGGAUCGAGCGAUCGCGAGGACACAAUUCAUGCCGGAACAUUUAGUGGAAAUCGAACAAACUCAAAUCAACAAGUAUUUCAAUUCCUGAAAAUCCCUUUACUACAGUUUCCAAUUGGUCGAUCACGUAAACGUUACAUACAAAAAAAAAACCUAUUGUAAUUUUUAAAAACCAUUGUGUUCCAACUGGAUUGUGUUCAGGUGUGCUUGGUCGAUGUGCUUGAUGAACCUGUGCGAGUGUGAUGUAUGUGCCUUUGCAACAGAUCUAAGAUAUGUGUGCGUAACAGACCAACAAAAAGUGGAAGGGGGAGGAGGGGUGGGUGGGUGUAGGCAAUUAGAAGUGAAAGGUAGCCUUUCUUAGCCGAAUUUGGAAAAUGUGGGUGCAAUUCGACAAAGGGUAAUGACAGGAAGAAAAGGGUAGAUGGGAGGAAGUUCUACUACCAAUUGGAAGGGUAUCUAAAGUGGUUCAUUAGGGUUUAGUGUAUAAGAAAACAAAUUUGUUGGGUAUGUGGGUGGUUGAGGGUGGGGUGGGGAAGGUGAGGGCCGUAAGGAUUAAAUAUUUUCCCCCCAAGGGUAUGAAUGUGAAGGUGUGUAUGUAUGCUCAAAAAUGGUUAAUGGGUUGGUUGUGUGAAUGAAUGUGUGUGUGUGUUGUUUGAAUGUAUGAGAAAUGAUUACAACAACAACAAUAAAUAAGUUUAUUUUAGGAGCUUUUUGUUAGGACAUAAUUACAUACUAAUUUGCCUUACAGCAAACAUCACUAACAACUGCUAAUUCUUCGUUUUUUUGCCCGUUCUUUUCUGUAUCUCUCUUCCGUUGAAAACUGGACCAAACACAUCCGGUUGAAUCGAUUGGAACCGGACGAACGAAUAUUGUGAACGCAAAUCUUUUGGCUCUCUUCGUGAUGAUACCGUGCAACAAAAAUGAACUCCAAACACCGUCCAAAAAAAUAAUGCAGGCGGACACAUUUCGCCCGUCCCGUCAGCACACACGCAGCUGAUGUCGUACAAGCUGCAGGGCGGCGGUGAUUUCGUCGGCGGUGGCGCAAAUAACGGUGGCGCAAACGGUGGUCUCCUCGGGCUCGGCCUACAGCAUGGCCCGGGUAGCAACAGCAGCAGCCGCAGCAGCGUCAGCAGCAACAGCAGCAUGCACAGCAACGGCAACGGCAACGUCAACGGUGGUGGUGGUGGUGGAAACGGUCUCAUCGGUCCCGGCGGCACCCUGGGCAUCGUGUCGGGCGACUACAUCGAUCUGAACGAGUUGCUCAACAUGGACGGCCACUGCGGCGGUAACGAUGAGGAACAUUCGCUAGUCGCCUAAGCAGAAUGCGGGCAGCAGCGGGAACGACGGUACCCACGACCUUCUCCACGAGGAGGCAGCAGUGCAUUUCUUCAAUUUCUUCAACCUGCUCGAUCUAUUCGAUCAUUCGACAAAAAUAUUUGACAAACAACACACAAAUACAAUGAAAAUGUCUAUGAACCGCCCCAUCCACAAAGGGGGGGCAUGAUGUGAGUGUGUGUAUAUGUGUCUCACUGUUGUAUGUUGUUAUCGAUGUGGCCCAACCCAUCCCAUCCACCACCGCCGGCGCAAUGUCAACGUUGCCUGCGGACCGUAGAGAAGAUGCGGGGAGAUUGCGGCAGCCAGGAAGCAGCAGUAACGGCACACACAGAAGACAAAUCGGCUAGCUAAAGGCCUGUGCGAAAGGCAAAAAGCGUCCAAAAUUCAACCUUUAACCGGAACCACGACGAACCGAGAGUGAGAGAGAGAGAGAGAGGCCCGUGAGUUUAUAUUAAGAAAAAGUUCGUUUAAAAAAUAAUGUUAACUGCAAAAUUAACGCAUAUUGAGAGUGAAAAGUAGGUAGUAGGUAGGCAGCAAACUUGUCAGCAAAAGCAAAACAACCAUCAGAACCCGUUACACAACAUUUGGCGCAAUAGUACAGUGCUCGUUUUUGUUUCGUUUUGUUUCAAACGAAGAUUUCGUUUCUCCAUAUGUGUGUAUACUAAAAAAAACCAUUCCCCCGACCAAGAGCGAAAGGUUUUGAAGUGUGCCACCCGUUUCAGGGUGCGAAAUGCACACGCAAACGAAAUGGUUUCGUGCGUCUGUAGAGCACGUGGGAGGACGACAUUUCGUCAUCGUUUGCAUC